AUGCUAACCUACAUUAAACCUACAUACCAACAACGAAUCGAACGAGAUCUAUUUGCCAUAUCCGUGAGGAUAGUAUCAUAUGUCGACGUCCUAACUGUCUUUAUUACAUUGGAUGACGAACAGAAUAUUCAAGAUAAGCCCGCGUAUAUCUACUUCUCCAUCGUCCAUAUCACGAACCAAGAACAUUUGCAGUCGUUUGUGACUGCGACCAUAAUGAGCUUUCAAUUUGCCAUGUAUCUUAUUCACCAUAAAAUCCCGUCACCACCAGAUAUUAUGAGAGAUCAGAAAUUGGAAGAACAUGACCACGAAGAACUUUUAUCCACAGACAUUUUCCACCUAGUGCAACGUUAA